AUGAUAUGGCAAGUUGACAGACAACGAACGACUCGGCUCGAUGUUCUUGGCACUAAGGAGAAUGUCUAUUUAAGCCCUGAAAAUCCCAACGCCUAUAAUCGAUUUUCCCCUUCAGCUAUGCCUUCAUACCCUGCGUUCGGCUUCGAAACCACCGCUCAAGAGGUCUCCGCGACGUUCAGCGAGGAAAUCAAGGGCAAGAAUGUUCUUAUUACUGGAACCUCUUUGAACGGAAUUGGCUUUGAAACAGCAAGAGUCAUCGCAAAGUAUGCGAACCUAGUUGUCAUCACAGGGUACAACGAGGAAAGAUUGGCACUUUCGGAGGAAGCAAUCAAGAAGGAGACCCCAACGGCCAACGUCAGACGUCUCAUUCUCGAUCUCUCCUCGUUGGAAGCGGUGCGCAAGGCUGCUGCUGAGGUUAAUGCAUACGCAGAACCAAUACACGUCCUCAUCAACAAUGCUGCCGCCGGCCUUCGCGAGUUCAAACUCAGCGUCGACAACCUCGAAGUACAGCUGGCGACGGAUUAUGUCGGACCGUUUCUCUUCACCAACCUGCUCAAGGGGAAGCUGUUAGCCGCCGCAUCAGCUACAUACACGCCACGCGUUGUUUUCGUCUCGAGUAUUGCCCACGCCGUCGGGACCGGCGUUGAUCUCGACUUCCUCAAGUCCCCCACAGAGAACAAAUACCCUCCCGAAAUGGUUUACUUCCAAGCCAAGUCAGCCAACGUCUCGACAGCACUCGAACUUUCGCGGCGUUCAAAAGGCGCCAUCCUUGGCUACAGUCUGCAUCCUGGAAUCAUUUAUACCAAUAUCAACCGCGGCAAUGAGGACGUGCUUCCAGUCCUCCGGCGGGUGGGGAUUCUUGACGCAAAUGGCGAGCCAAAUACGAAGGACUUUCAAUGGAAAACGAUUCCCCAGGGUGCAGCAACGACCGUGGCUGCUGCCUUUGACCCUCGCCUUGUCGAAAAUCCCGGAGCAUACCUCUCCGACGCAACGGUUUCCAAUGAGAUGGCUGCGCCUCAUAGCACUGACCCGGCCAUUACAGCGACUUUGUGGGCAGCAACAGAAGAAAUUAUCGGAGAGAAGUUCGAGUUCUAG